ACAAUUAUAAAAGACUAUUCUCAAAAAAAUAUGGCAGAAUUAUUGGGAUACAAACAGUACAGGAAGACAUUUAUAUAAUAUUAAGAGGUAUAUUGGUAUUGGACAUUUCAUGGGGAAAAAUCGAAGGGAUGGAGUAGUGCUCUCGCGUCUGAGAAUAGGACACACAGGACUCAAUAAGACACUUUAUUUCAUAAAUAAACACCCAAAUGGAAUAUGUCAAAAGUGUAGUCAACAAGAAUCUGUAGAACAUGUGUUAAUAGAAUGUAAAUGAUAUGAAAAAGUUGAAGGAAGUAAAUGAGCAAUUAAUUAAAUUCUUAAAAGAAACAGGAUUGAUGGAAAAGUGUAAAUCUUUUUAUUUAUUUAUGUAUAUAUAGACAUUCCAAGGGUUGUUAUUUUCAAAUAACAACCGCUCAAAACUAAUAACACCCUGUAACCCGGAUGCUGCAAAUCAUUUUGAGAGGGGCAGUUUAAUAUUACACUAAAAUGUAUUAUAAAUAUGUCUUUUAAUAACAUAUAUGACAUUAUAUUUACAAAUGAUUAAACCAAUUUGCCUGUUCGUGAUGUUUGAACAUCGUUUCUUACUUUAAAACCGAAACUAAACGGCUUUUCCUCGCGGAAGGUCUGCAUUCGGUAAAAAUGAGCUAAUAAAAUAUGUCAAAUUCACAUUUUAUGUCCAGUUUUUUUUCUCAUGUGGCAAGUAGCCGUGUAAUAAGCGGGAUAAUGUACAAGCAGCCGGCUGCGCUUCGAGGCGGGUCACACUGUCGGGACUUAUUUCUGCGAUAACCGGCUGCCUGUACAUUAUCCCUUCAUAUUAACAAUGAUAGGAGGUAAUUGCAAAUAAUUGGAUCCACACUCCAGUUCAGAAGGUGGCGGUAAUGCGCCUAUAAGAUGGUUUGCCAACCGCCGGUAAAACUCAAGAAGAAGACUCGAGACGCACAUUUGGGGCAAAUUCCAAUGGGAAGUAAACAUCUGACUGAUAAAGCCCUCGUUGUGUUAAUUCUGGAGGGAGCGGAGUCAUUUUGUUUUAUAACACAGACGUCUCGUGCGCACUUGGUGAAGGGAUUAUUUGAGGAGUUAAAGAUGAGGUAACACACGCAGUUUCUGCCAAUCUCAUAUUAAUCUUGAGUUUCUAUACAGUAGUAUUGCAUACUUCGUAUCUUUGAAGAAUAUUUAGUUUGAUCAAAAGAGAGAUACAGCUGUACGAUUAUUUCCGGAAAAAGACGAGCUGCUAGAGGCAGGCAGGGGGGACGCAACUACAGCACGAGCACACAAUACAUCAUCGCAUUGAUUCACUAUAAAUUCGUGUUGUUUACAUUAUGCACAUACUUGCCAAUACACAGACAUAUGACUUAAAUUUGAAUUACCGCGUGCGGUACUAUCUAUCAGUUUCAAACGAUCUCUAAAUCCAGCGUUAUAUCCACCGUUUAUAUAACAUCCAUCAUUGAAAUGCAAUGAGCAAACAAACACAGCUCAACUUCCGUCAGCGAAGUCAAGCGGCGUUGGUGGGCGUGCUCCCGCUGGCUGGAGAACGCGUGGGCGUGCUCUUUCGCCCGGUGCUUUUCCGGGAGAAUUGUCCAAUAAGGGACUAAGAACCCUUGUUACGAAACGGGAAUCCAUGUUCGAAAAAAAAAACGUUUAUGAAAAUCUUGAUUAGCUGUUUCAGGUGCGUUUUGAUUCGGGUUGGACCUACACUCGGCAGGACACCGGCCCUCCAGGACUGAGUUUGGACACCCCUGAACUAGAUGCGUAGGAGUCGGGUUUCAGUUUGUGAGGUUUUAAAGCCGGUUAAAGGAUGUUUUUGACUUAAAAAUGGAGGAAUACGAUGAAAUGGAUAAAUGUGUGACAAUUUCUGUCACUGGCAAAAGAAAACGUCGCCAACAACACAAUUCUGCCCGUUCUAAGGCGAAAGAAAAUCGGUACAGUGCCAAUGACAGGAUUCCACGAGUUAUAUGUACACACAGCAACAGUGCUUUGUGUCGGGCUGAUACUCUAACAGAAAUGGACAUAGCAUACAUUAACGAACAGCUUUAUUCCAGCCAUGACAAAGUAAAGCAAGAUGCCGUCCUACUGUCUCACAUGGAUGUAAUGCAGUGUAAGCGGAGGCGGGCAAAAGUAAAAGCUGAGGACAAGCAAAGACAAAGAGAUUUGACAGUCAAAUAUUUCGUCCUAAAAGAAGACAAAACCAAUGUUCCCGUGUGUCAGGCUUCAUUCCUCAGCAUUUUUGGUGUCAAAAAAGAUAGAGUACAUGGCGUUGCUAAGUACUGGCUUGAGAAUGGCAAAGCACGUCCUGAAAAUCGUGGUGGUUCCAGGCAAAAAGAAGAGGAGGCUGCAAAGAGGGAAACGGUUCGCAACCACAUACAGUCUUUUACUUGUAGAGCAAGCCGCUACGCCCGACGUGGUGGACCAGGGAGACAGUACCUUCCUAGUGACUUGAGUGUAGCACAAAUGCACAGGAUGUUUCUUGAGCAAAAUCAUCAGCAAGUUUCAUACUCGCUGUAUUGGAGCAUCUUUGUCUACGACUUUAACCUGGCCUUUGGUCAUCCUGCUAAAGAUGUGUGCUCUUCGUGCGUCAAGUUUCGCAAUGCAAUUAAAGAGCCUGACCCAUCUGCAGAAGAGAAGCAGAAAAAAAUUCUGCUGUACACACUACACAGACGCCGCGCACGUCAAUUUUACAACAUACUAAAUGAAGUGGGCGACACUUUGACCAUCUGCUUUGACAUGAUGGAGAACCUGGUCCUUCCAAAGUCCGCAGUUGGCCAGUCGUAUUAUUCCCGUCAGUUAUACAUGUAUGUAUUCGGCGUGGUUCGUCACCACGGGAGAGGUGAACCCCAGAGAUGCCACGAGAUCCAUCUUUACACCUGGCUUGAAUAUCAGAACUCCAAGGACAGUAACACGGUUGCUUCAGCUUUAUGGCACUAUCUUAGCUCAGUUGCUAGAGCCGAACUGUGUCAAUGUCAGAGUCUCCGCUUGUUCUCAGAUUCCUGCUACGGCCAGAACAAAAGCAUACAUCUUCUGUCUAUGUUGUUUGCACUCCGUAGCCAUCUGUACCCUCAGCUUAACGUCACCUACUUCUUGCCGAUUCGAGGACACAGUUUUCUUCCAGCAGACCGAGUGUUUGAAAGAAUUGAGCAAGACAUUCGGAAAAAGACAACCAUUUUGAUGCCAGAGGAAUACUGCGAAAUUUUAAGGAAACAUGGCAAUGUUCAUGAAUAUGGAAAAGAUUGGCAGUGCUACAAUUUUAGAGACGAAGCAGCCAGGUUCACAAGCAGUCCGAGAUCAUUUGAAAUAAGUGAUGCGAGAGUACUACAAGUCUCUGGAGAUACGUUGGGGUUUAAACCUGUGUUUACCGGUGAAUUUAGCCAGCACUCUGUGCUGAAACAGGGAAAGAAGUGGUGUCGAUUCAAUCCACCUCUACUUCCAGAUGUGAACUGCGUUAAAGUGGCGAAGAGAAAUGAUGUCAUGAAGCUGCUGGGUGAGAUAGGAGUGCAAAAAUCGGUGCUCGGUUUUUAUAAACGCAUCCUGUCGAAUGCUGGUGUUCAGGACAUUGCACAGGACCUUGAAGAUUGCGAUGAGGAUUGAAUGGGACAACAUCUAACAUUCGCCCUUUGCAUGCGUAAACCUGUGUGUUGUUUUAUUUUGUUUUCCAUGUUUGUUCUUGAAGUACAGCAGAGGAUACUUAUGGAAUCUGAAAUGCAUUAUAGCUUUCCUGUGGCUCAGUGGUUAGAGCAUGGCGCUAGCAACGCCAAGGUCAUGGGUUCAAUCCCAGGGAUUGCACAUACUUAGAAACAAAUGUAAUGUACUACAAUCUGAUAUGCACAUUAUACUAGACAUGUACAUGUUAUGACAAUGGAUUGUUGAUAUUUGACUAAACGAAACUUAUUUAACAGUGCACUUGUUGCAUGUAUUUUGUACUUUUAUUAUUUUAUAUUUUCAGUUUCUUUCGUCUUUUAUUUGUCUACUGUUUGUUAUCCAGUAAAGUGUGAUGGUUUUACUGUAUUUUUGAGCGUUCGCCUUCAUUCAGAAAGGACAGUGAAGAGUCACUGGAGAGAGAUUGGGAAACGACCUUAAAUCACAUUCAAACUUGGGUGUUGUGUGUGGUUCAGUUUUUACAUUUUGAAUUCUGACUUUCAUUAUUUUCUAGUUGCAUCUUCAGUGAUUUUCCAACACGCUUGCAUGUACUUGGAGGGUUUUGACAAGACAUUCAAAUUAGUUAAAUACAAAUUAAAUGACUAAAGUGACAUUUCUGAAAAUAAGGCAUUUCAUUUCAAUUACUGACUAAUAACCUUUUCAUUGCCGUUAUAGUGCAAUUACAGAACGUAAACAUAACAGCCUGAUAAAAAUUGGGUGUUUUGAAUCUGAGCUCCUCAUUUUUUCUUUAUCUGGGACAGCCCUUCAUGUAGCGUCCCUCUUCCUGUAUAGUGCCCUUCAAGGGUGCAAAUUAGAGCAUCCCUGAGGUCAGAGGGAAGGUCUUAUUUUUCUCCGAACAUGAGGGCAAUGUUGUGCAGAAGCUCUGGUCCACCUUCCUUUGUUGUUCUUAACUAGGGUGACCAUAUGUGCCAUUUUUCCAGGACACGUACUGGCCAGCAUUUCAGGUGCGUCCUCAGGAGGUCACGUUUGUCGACCGCAUACGCCAUCGAGGUUCUCACAUUUCAGUUAAAAGAACAAACAUUAUAAAAUGCGACCUCCGGAGGACGCACCUGGAAUCCUGGCCAGGACGUGUCCGGGAGAAGUGGCAUGGAUGGUCAUCCUUUCUUGAGGCUCCUGAUGGCGUUUCUUCAUGUCUUCUCUGGGGAUGUGUUUAAUAAUGUCUGUUUCCGUUUGACCAUCCAUUGGGCAUUAAUGGACUUAUUGGACAUACCUUGUUUUGUGUUGCCGAAAAACCAUUGUCAACUAAAUAACACUAAAAAAACGUUCAACAUCAAGUUUGUCCCAAUCUGACAUACUAUAGCUUAAAAUAGCAAACAUUUUUUUCUCAAAAGUAAAUAAACUGACUGUCAAGAGUGUUGAACAAGUAUUAUUGCUAAAAACUUGUAACUUAGAAACCUAGAGACCCACGGUUUUUCCCUCCUGCACUGUAAAUAAAUCCCGUAAAAAAAAAUCUGGCAACUGAGGCACUUUUUCUUCUAAAUUUGCAAUCUUUUUCUGUAAUUGUAUGUUUUUCCUGUAUUUCAAAAAUGCAUAAAAAAUCUGUUAAAAAACUCUGUUUUUUACAGUGUGGAAUUCCCUUAGAUAAAUGUGAUUUUUAUUUACCGCACACUUUGAUGUCGUCAACA